CCCCAGAGCCUGAUGCUGGAUGGCCAAGCCCCCACGGAGGCUCAGUAUGCAGAGAAGGCCCCAGGACCCGGGAUCUUCAGAGCAGAGCCAGGAGACCCACUACAGAGGCCCGAGGCCCAGCAGCAACCCAUCUCUCCGGCAGGACUCUGGUACUCCAGGCGCCGUGCCUGUGUGGUGCUGGGAGCCCUCGGGCUGCUGGCUGGUGCCAGUGUCGGCUCAUGGCUUCUAGUGCUGUAUCUGUGGCCAGCUGCCUCUCAGCCUGUUCCCGGGAACUUGCAGGAUGAGGAGAUGACUUUGAACUGCUCAGAGGCCAGCGGCAGCGAGGAAGCCCUCCUCCCCUCGCUUCCCAAAACAGUAUCUUUCAGAAUAAACACCGAGGGCUACUUGCUGGAAGUACAGGUGAGGGCCCGGCCAGACUGGCUCCUGGUCUGCCACGAGGGAUGGAGCUCUGCCCUGGGGGUGCGGAUCUGUCGCAGCCUUGGGCACCUCAGACUCACUCACCACAAGGGAGUGAACCUGUCUGACAUCAAGCUCAACAGCUCCCAGAAGUUUGCUCAGCUCUCUCCUAGCCUGGGAGGCCUCCUGGAGGAGGUGUGGCAGCCAAGGGACAACUGCUCUUCUGGCCAGAUUGUUUCCCUCAAAUGCUCUGAGUGUGGGGCAAGGCCCCUGGCUUCCCGGAUAGUCAGUGGGCAGGCUGUGGUUCCCGGGCGCUGGCCAUGGCAGGCCAGCGUGGCCCUGGGCUCCUGGCACACAUGUGGGGGCUCCGUGCUGGCGCCACACUGGGUGGUGACGGCUGCGCACUGCAUGCACAGUUUCAGGCUCUUCCGCCUGUCCAGCUGGCGGGUCCACGCAGGGCUGGUCAGCCACAGCAUGGUCAGGCCUCACCAGGGGUCUGUGGUGGAAAGGGUCAUCACCCACCCUCUCUACAGCGCCCAGAAUCACGACUACGACGUCGCCCUCCUGAGGCUCCGGACCCCGCUCAACUUCUCAGACACCGUGGGCGCUGUGUGCCUGCCGGCCAAGGAGCAGGAUUUUCCCAGGGGCUCGCAGUGCUGGGUGUCUGGCUGGGGCCACACCGACCCCAGCCACACCCACAGCUCGGACACACUGCAGGACAUGGCGGUGCCCCUGCUCAGCACCCAGCUCUGCAACAGCUCUUGUGUGUACAGUGGGGCCCUCACCCCCCGCAUGCUGUGUGCCGGCUACCUGGAUGGGAGGGCAGAUGCAUGCCAGGGGGAUAGCGGGGGCCCCCUGGUGUGUGAGGACGGGGACACGUGGCGCCUGGUGGGGGUGGUCAGCUGGGGCCAUGGCUGCGCAGAGCCCAAUCACCCCGGCGUCUACGCCAAGGUUUCCGAGUUCCUGGACUGGAUCCAGGACACAGCGUGGGUAAGUGUGGGCACAGGAGUGUGGGGGGGUUUGUAAAGAACCCCUCCUUCGGAAACUAUGAACCUCACCCCUUAGGCCUGGGCCCUGAGAGGGGGCUAGGGAAUGUUCCCCAGAGUGGGAGGAGGA